ACAGGCUAAGCCUCUCUAGAGCUUUACAGUAAGGGAUGGUGGUGCUGCGGUUGCAUGUGUACUCCGAGGUGACAACAGGCUAUUUGGACGUUGAUAUUCCAGAAGAAUGGAGUUGCGGGCAAAUCAUGAAACAUUUGCUAGAAUGCGAAGGUCAAAUAUUUGCUGCAACGAACUACAACGACAUUUGUGGAAGGAAUUCGGUAACAUCUACACGUAGCUGUGACUGGUACCUUGCUGAGAAGUGGCAAGGCUACGAGCGUGUACUCUCAAGAGAUGAGAAGCCUGUUCAACUGCUGGACGAGUGGGGCUUGUCCAGGAAUGACGUGCAGUUGGUAGUUAGACCGUGUGGUUUCCAAAGAAAGGUGUCUUUUUCAGCACCCAAGUUUUGGAUCAGAGCAGAUGUUCAACAAAGAUCUUUUUCCAAGCUUACUGAUUCUGACCAGAAAGCUGUUGAUGACAGGCAGUUGGCAUCUUUAUCCAGACAGGGCCGAUGGUUAUCUGCACUGAGGCACUCAGUGCAAACACAUUUGCAGUCUCUCAGUAUGCUAGAAAAAAGAGAUGAAGUGAAAGAGUUAGGACACCAGCAACAAGCAUCUGAAGCAGAAGACCUUAAAACACUAAGAAAAGAAGUAACUGAACAACGAAAACUACUGGCAUCUUUGCAACAAGUCUUAGAUAUUGCUAAGAAACGCAAACAGGAGAACUCAGUGAAAGCAAAUUUGUUAAAGCAACUUCGCCAGAAAUCUAUUUUUGUUCACAAAAAGUUGCAGCACACACAGGAGCACAUAAAGGUAUUGAACCAAAAGCUGGAACAACUGCCAGACAAUGGUGACAAGAAUCAAAAAGGAACAGAAACAGAAUCUGUUUUGCACGGGAAACAGGAAGAAUUAAAGCAGCUGGCACAAGAGCUACAGCUUCGGGAAAUAAUCCAUGAGCAACAAGACAAAAAGCUGCGUAAACUGAAAGAUGAUCUUAGGGAGAAAGUGCAGGAAUUGAACCAGUUGGAAGAUCAAGUCAAUCGACUUACAGAACAGCUCUCUUUCACAGUCACUCCUGCUCAAGAAAAUGUCUUUUCAGCUGUCCAGAGUGUGAUGGGUUUAGAAAAGUCAGGCUUUUCUUCAAUUGUGGGGAAUACUAAGCUCCAUAAUGCAAAGUCAACAUUUGAACCAGGCAAAGAGACGAAGUUAUGUAAGACCAAUGAUGAUUGCCAUAACAAGGUGCCUUUGAAGAUAACCAGUAGUUGCAGCUCUGAACACGCAGAUACACCAGAAGCUGUUCUAAAAUUACUGGAACCAAGUGUUGUGCCAAUCCCAAAAGAAUCUCUUCGAGUUCCUUUGAGACGUCGAGGAUCUCUUUCUAUGACCUCUUCUUCUGUUCAUUACCGACAUCCUCUGGAUCUUUCAAGAAGUAUUUCUGAUGCUGGUGUUGGUCUCUUCAAUUAUUCUGCUUGUAACAAUGUGAGGUCUUCUAACUUGGACACAUCAGUUUCAACUUUGAUUGGAGAACUCCAAGAAAUGUUGCCACAUGAUGCAGUUGGUGCUAAGAAGAGCAAUAGUGAAGCUACUGAAAUUGACAACCAACAGGAAGACUCAUCAUUACAAAGGAACAAACACCCAUCUCCUUCUAUUCUGCCUAAAGAACAACAUCAAGAUCUAUUUGAGCAGAAGACAGUCAAUAAGUGGCUACGAGGACAUCGGAGUGCAAGUCGGUUGAAGGGAGCCCAUGGUGUUAAUAGUUUCUGGAAAGGUCAAAGGGACAAAAGAGGAGUUUCAUUUGAACCUCUAGCUUUACUGCUGAAUGCUGCCUUGGAGGGAGAACUGGAUUUGGUCAAAGAGUGUAUUGAAAAGGUAGAAGAUUCAAGCAAAUGCAAUGAAUAUGGCGUGACAGCACUGCAUAAUGCUGUGUGUUCGGAAAGGAAAGAAGUCGUCAGUUAUUUAAUUGACGUUGGUUGCGAAGUGAAUGCUUCAGAAGUUGAAGGAUGGACACCACUCCAUUUGGCGGCAGCAUCACUCAACUUGGAGAUUAUUCGAAUCUUGAUUCAGAAUGGUGCAUCAGUGUUUGCAACUACUGCAGAUGGAGAUUCACCUUUGGAUGUUGCUGUUGAUGAACUCAGUGAAGAUGACUUUGAGCAAGGCGUUGACAAUGAUUGUAUUAAAGCAAUUAGAGAAGCACAAGUUCAUCUUGGAACACGAAAAAGUGGUCGAGUAUUUGCACUUUACAACUACAAUGCCAUGUCUGAUGAUGAACUAAAUUUUCAAGUAAAUGAGGAGCUAACAGUAGUACGUAGAGGAGAUGACCUUGAAGAUGAAUGGUGGUGGGUAGCCAACAAGCAGGGCAUUGAAGGUUAUGCUCCUCGAAACUAUUUAGCGUUGUACCCUAGGCGAUUCAAAUGUGUUUGAGAUUUUGCAUUGAUGAAGAACCUGUUGAGAGUACAGCUACUUGUGGUGACAUAAUUAACUGUUGACUGAUAACUGUAAAUGGUGGCAUUGCAGCUAUGAAUAAUAGACAGGUUUCUCUGCUUGCUGUAAGUUCAUCAGAUGCUGCGUGCAGUUUACUGCAAGUCUUGCAAUGGUUCUGAACUAUAAAUUAUUAAGUUCAAUAAACCUAACUUUUGUUAAUUGGCGUUGAUCUAGUUCUUAGUCCAUUGUGGGAUUGCUCAUUAAGAGUUUGAAUGGGUGCAAGAUGCCUAUGUACACAAUGGACAGGGUCUGCACGGGAGGGCUGGAGGUUAGGCAGACUCAGUCAAUGAUUUCGUUAUAGUGUAUUGAUAUUGAAUUCUAAUG